CCAUCUUUCUUCAGUGACAAUACGAGAAUGGCAUGGCUUGAUCCUUCAAAUCUAAUUCAUCAUUCUACGAAACUUGUUUCAGUUUAAUAAAUAUGCCUGUGAGAGUAUUGGAGAACACCACACCUUCUCAGGUUUCAGGUGCAAAUUCGGGUCGGAGUUCAUUCCAAUCUUGUAGUCUUCUAGGCGUUGGGCAGGCCUUUUCUGGCACCCAGAAUGUUUCGAGCCUACAAAAGGAUGAAGCGUGGAGAGUGAAUGUCCGUAUACAAGGAUGUGACCUUGAGCAUGGGUAUCUAUGUGGCACCAUGGAAGCUCUUAAUGUUCCUAUGGCAGACACUCCGGUAGUAACAUUUUGGGAAGGGGAGAUUGUUGAUAGCAAGAAUUAUACAUUCUUCACUGGCAAAUGGGAGGCAACACCAGAUGAUGAUAUAAGGCACUGGACUAAGUUUCCAUCCUUUUCUCGCCUAUCGGGCCAAGUGGAAGUUGAUGGUGGCAAGUCCUUGGAUCUAAGCAACUAUCCUUACAUAUUCAUGAGAUGGAAGGAGCAGUACUUUGUGAAUGUUGGAACUGACUGUGGGUUAACUAUAGCUGGGUUUUACUAUGUUUGUUUCUCUUGCAGUGAUGGCUCUAUCAGUGGGUUCUAUUAUGAUCCCAAUAGCAGCCCUUUUCAGAAGCUUGAGUUGAAGUCCACAAAUGAUGGAAGAUUGGGUUUCAGUUUUUCAUCAUAUGAGUUACAAUAGAUUGUGAGACAUAUAAACAUGUCAAAAUCCAUCAUCUAGUUGAACUUCCUUGAAGUGUGUUAAUAGUCAAUCAAGAACCUAGAAGGUUAUGCAAAAGCUCAAAGACUGUAAGUGUUGUGUAUGAAAGGGAAAUGUGGAUAAUAUUUUUGUUGUUUGAAUGAAUCAUGUCAAAGCAGGGAGAACAAGAUUAUGUUAUAUGCUAUAAGCCCCCAAUUUAAGUUGUUACAACUUAACAGUGACUUCAAGGUUUAUUAUAUGAUAUUGUGAUAUGACCUAUUGUUGU